GCGACGGGGCCCUUCGCGUCGAUUCCGCCCCGCCCCCUAGGUUAUAAAAAGGGGGCGACGCCGCGGCGCCUCAACCUGUUCCGAGAGGGCUGCGAGGCUUCGGGUGUCGCGCGUUCACGAUGCCUUCGAUUAAACUGCAGAGUUCUGAUGGAGAGAUAUUUGAAGUUGAUGUAGAAAUUGCAAAACAGUCCGUUACCAUUAAGACUAUGUUGGAAGAUUUGGGGAUGGAUGAUGAAGGGGAUGAUGAUCCUGUCCCUCUUCCAAAUGUCAAUGCAGCCAUAUUAAAAAAGGUGAUCCAGUGGUGCACUCAUCAUAAAGAUGAUCCACCUCCCCCUGAGGAUGAUGAGAACAAAGAGAAACGGACAGAUGACAUCCCUGUGUGGGAUCAAGAAUUUCUUAAAGUAGACCAAGGAACUCUCUUUGAACUAAUCUUGGCUGCAAACUACUUAGACAUCAAAGGCUUACUUGAUGUGACAUGCAAGACUGUUGCAAAUAUGAUUAAGGGAAAAACACCAGAAGAAAUCCGCAAAACCUUCAAUAUCAAGAAUGACUUCACUGAAGAAGAGGAAGCCCAGGUACGCAAAGAGAACCAGUGGUGUGAAGAGAAGUGAAGUCUUGUGCCUGACACCCAGCGACACUGUAAGGAUCGUUCCAAAUACCAGUUGCACUGCUCUGUUUAUAAUUGUUAAUAUUAGACGACUGCAGCAGCAAAUGAAGUUGUACUAGUAGGGUGUUCUCUUGCAUGUGUAAUGUCUGAGUAUAUAUUCAAAUCCUAUGGUUGAGUUUUUACCAGUGUAAUCUGACGUCUUUACUUUUUCCUCUGCUCUGAAUAAAAUUAAGUGUGGACUCCGUAUGGCAAUUAGCAUUGCAAACUAGCCUUUCCAUGCUUUUAAAUGUGUCACUGUAAGAUUAAAAUGUGUAGGAUUUCAGAAACAUCUGGCAUUGUAAAUAAAACCACUUACAAAAGUUUUCUGAAACAGAAUUAAUGAAACCUAUUUUAUUCAUAGACCAGUGGCUUCUAAGAACUACAGGGCAUCUUGGAAAAUUGGAAGAAUUGUCCAGGGUUUUGUUCUAGUCAACACACUCUUGUUGGUGCCCCAACUGCCAAUAAAACCCUAUUAGCUUUGUUUGAUAAAUUCUGAUGGCACAAUGUAGGCUUGACUCAAAACACUGAGAGUCAUAUAUUUAAAACCUUCUUUCAGCCAAAUAGUAAAGAUUAUGCUCAUUGAUGGAAAUUGCAGCUAUGUGUUUAUUUCCAAAACCAACAGAUUAAAUCCUGCUAUCUUAUCAAAAACAAACUACCAAAGUUAACUUUUCUUGGGCAGUGAGUAUUGGUGCCUGCUAUUAGGCAAGCUACAGUAUUGUCCAAUAUGUUUUUGAAAUGUUUUAUAGUUUCAUGAAAGUUGUUAGCCUGUGAUGCUUCACAGGGAGUCAGGUUACAGUGACUUGUCACUGUGCAUAUACAGUGUGAUGUUGUGCCAUUUGAUGGUUGUCUUGGAAAAACCACUUCUAAAUAGACCACUUCUAAGUAGCUGAAUAACUUUCAGGUUUUACAGUUCCCUUGUAGGGAUUAGGGGAAUGAUAUGCAGCAAGCUUGUAUUGCAUUCCAUUUUCUGUAUGUACACUAAAGUAGAAUAAGAUCUUAAUAAAUUUCUUCACUUCAAAAGA